AUGUAUGUGGCCUACAUCGGGGGAACUGGUCGCCGAGCCUGUAGGCUGCACAGAGAGGAAGACACCGUAGAGCCCUUGAAUGCCUCUGAAGUGGUCAUAGAUGGUCAGAAUAUCAACAGGGCCAGGAAAGUCGAGCCGAAGGAUUUCAAUACGGUGCCUAUAUUUGAUUAUCAAGAAAUAAGGGAAGAUUAUAAAUCAGCGACGAUGAGGUACAUCUUCCUUGACUUCGAUGGUGUUUUGGGACCCAAAAGGCCAGGUAGUCGUGAUAAACAGGACAAGACCGUGGUUCGCGCUCUGAAGAAACUUGCCGCAAACCCAAAUAACCAAGUUUGGAUCAUAACUGCGCGAUAUUGGGAAGGCCUACCCGAUUUCAUUCGCAACAUUCCUGGUAUACAUCUGGGCGAGAAAGUUGGGACACAGAUCCACGUACCCGAGAAUGAAGAGAUUCCAAAACUUCCAAUUUUCCAGGAAAAAAAGACAAUGAUGAAAGAAAAAAUCAGUAAAAUCUUUGAGGGUCUUGAGGGUGUAGAAAUUGAGGAUGAAGGCAACUAUCAUUUGGAAUAUAAAUUUAAAAAUUCACUCCCCACAGAUCACUUCCACAAGGGAACUUUGAUGGAAGCAGUACUUCAGACCAUCAAAGAAAAGUCCUUGUUUGCAGUUUCUGUUGGAGAUACCAAAGAAGAUGAGCCCAUGCAUGAAUUAAUGCAAUCAAAUGACAAAUUAUCUGUCAUUGUUGGGGAAAAUUGUAAUUGGAAAACAUAUGCAUCACACAAGAUUUCAAACCAGAAGGAUGUGAAAUAUUUCCUCAAAUAUUUGAGUGAAAUUGACAACCCUGUUGAAGAUCCAGAGAAAACUUGUGGAUGUUUCAACUUCUGA